CAUAGACAUGUGGGCACAAGGAGAGAAGCAGUGAGCUGAGUUAUGGUGAACGUAAUGGAUUUACUUCAUAGCUCAUGAUAAUGAAUACGAGUUUAUUUCUGUAGUCACUGAGCCUGGGCUAUCCAGCAGCAUGUUAUCCCUCCAGCUGUGCAGUAGGUCCUGGUGUAGGGCAAUAGGUGCCAACAGAGCACCAGUAUGUCUGACCACUGCUGGUUUCAUGCCCUACAUAAGCCGGGUGCCAGUUUACAACCCUGUUCAGACCAUAAGUGCAACGUGUAGCGUAAACGCCGCUCGUGUAGACAGAGACGGUUCCUCUGUUAAAUAUCCAAGGCAGUCUGAAAGGAAGGAAUACCUGAGAGGCUCAUCUGUGUUCUCUGCUGGUGCCGCCAAAACAAGGUCUGACAAGAACAGAGAUUUGACCGCCGGAGGCAAGGGCCCUGCUGCCCGUGUAAAUGAUGGUAAAGUAGCUUUGCCCCCUGGGCCGUUGAGUGCCGAUGGCUGGAAGAACCUUCAACUGGACCAUAAAGAGGACAGUAAUUUUGAAGAUCAUGCAAUGGCUCAGAUGAUUAAAACCAAUGCUGAUAUAGACAUUGCCAAGUCCUUGUUGUCUUACGUGGCGGGAAAGGACGGCGACGUUACGUACAAGUUACUCCUAAAAUAUCUGGUGCUAUGUGUGCAACAGAAGCAGAUCAAGGAAAUCUAUGACAUGUCUGACAUCAUGAAAAUGAAAUUCCAGACUUUGGAAACCGGGGUUCACAGUCUCCUUAUUAAAGGCCUGUGCUACACUGAUCGCUGGAGGGAAGCGAUAGAUUCUUUAGAAACCUUAAAAAAGGCCGGUACCCCAUCCGCCAGGAAUUAUGGAGAGUGCAUCAAAGGAGCGAUCGACCAUCGGGAUGACGAGCUGGCCUGGACCCUUUAUGAUGAAAUGCUACAGAGAGACUUGGUGCCCCCUGAAGAGUCCAUUCAGAGCCUGUUUAAUGCGGAUCAGGACCUACAGGAUCAGGCUUUCAGGGACAGGCUUAUUGGUGUCCUCAGAUAUUUCAGGGAAAGUCAAAUCUACCCUGGGCAACCUCUGAUGAAAACCAUCAAGUCCUGGUUUGAAAGAAUUCCCAAUGAAACUUGGAAAGGGCAGCUUACCAAAGUCACAGACAGUGGUCACUGUCAGGCUUGUAAACAACCACUGGAGUCCAUUCACCUGACGCCAGAGGAAUACAGCACCCUGAAGAAAGUGGUCAUUGACCGUGUCAUCAAGGGGGAGGAUACUUUUCGUAAGACCACCCCAGAGGAACUGCAGACAUUUCUUAAAUUUGUGGAUUCUCAGCCGCCCUAUGAUAUUGUGGUAGAUGGACUGAAUGUUGCCUAUCUCUCCAGAACAAAUCCACUUUCAACUCCUCUCCUAACUGUAGUGUCCUGUCUGGCAGCAAGGGGCAAAAGGAUCCUGGUGCUCGGUAGGAGGCACAUGCUAGUCAACUCCAAAAAAUGGCUAAAAGAGGACAUUCGGCGCUUGCAGGAAUGUGCAGACUGUUUUUUCCUUGACAACAUAUCACUAGAUGACCCUUUCCUACUUUAUGCCUGUCUAAGCUCUGGUAGUCACUGCUGCUUCAUUACCAGUGAUCUUCUAAGGGACCACAAAGCUUGUCUGCCCAAUACAGAAACACAGCGUCUCUUCUUCAAGUGGCAGCGGGGUCACCAGCUGGUGCUUCCCUUCUACUCCUCAGGGAAUGUUCAUUUACGGCCAAUCCUGACGUAUGACACCAUCCUGCAGAAUACAGAUGUUUCUUGGCACAUUCCGUAUGAUGAAGCCGGGGUAAAGAGAGCUUCCUACGAGGUUCCCAAGACAUGGCUGUGCCUGAGAAAGUUAGCCUGACCGUUCAUGUGCGCGGUACUCAUUAGGUCCUGGGUCACUAUUUCACCUCUUAGUGUUAUGCUGAAAUAAAUCUUUAGUAAAUCUUC